AUGAAAUCGAAACUGGAAGGAACCGGUCGUGGGCUGCCGAGGAGUUCUUACCAACCGCAAGAAAAGACGUCACACCUUCUUAGCGGAAACUCAAAAGCAGGUUUUACACUUGGUCACAUAAUGAACAAAAGUGGUCAGUUGUCUUCAACAGUUGUUAAUCGCGGAACCAAACGCCCAAGUUAUGGAGAUGGUCAUCACUAUGAUCAUCAGCCCCACAAUCACUGCCUUUUCACGGUAACAUGCACUUACAUUUAUAGUAACAUGCGAUGUGUUGCUGCGGCCGCAAGUGAACUGAUAUAUGACAUGAGAUUCAAAACAAUCAGCGGAGCACAAAUUACAGAAUGGAAUAAGGACGGGACAGGCGAACGUCGUAACCUUCAACUGAACGCAGCAGCAGCAUCACCAUCAUCAUCAUCAUCAUCAGCAGCAGCAGCAGCAGCAGCAUCGUCAGCUUCAAUCUCAGAAACCGCACACGCAUUAGUCAGUGCUGCUGCAGUUGCGUUUGCCGAUGAUAUGGAAAAUGAAAGGGUUGAUAACUAG